CCAUUUGCUUGGGUUGACCUCUUCCCUCUCCCUCCGCUCCGCGUGCGCCCGGGACGCAGCUGGGGACCCGGGGAGGGGGGAGGUAGAAGAAGAGGAAAGGCGGGUGGUGCCCGCCGCCGGCUCCGCAUUCAACGCGCGUAUAAACGAUACAGCGCGGCUCGGUCGCGUGGACUUGAGAGGGCGCUCGCCUCGCCUCGGCUUCACAAGCUGCCAUCCACGACCUCGCGGCCACCUCUUCUCCGAUUCUUCUUAGCUGGCUGCUGGCCUCGCGACGAGAGGGGAGGGAGGCGGAAGAGGCGUCGCGUGCUGCCGUGUGCUCCGAUCGCCGGCGCUCCGGGCGCGGGAUGGAGGCGGCGACGCGGCGGCGGGCCACGGCCACGGCCACGCCGCCGCUCGUGAUGCUGCUGUCGCUGCUGCUGCUGGCGGCGGGCGUUCCGUCAGGCUUGGGCGCCAUCAAUCCUCAGGAUGCUUCUGCGCUCAACUCGCUGAAGAGCAAAUGGACGAACUCCCCGUCGAGCUGGUCCUCGGCGAGCGACCCCUGCAACGGGGGGUGGGACGGCGUCAUGUGCAGCAACGGCAGGGUCACGUCGCUGAGGCUGUCAAGUGUCAACAUUCAGGGCACGCUCAGCGACAGCAUCGGCCAGCUCAGCCAGCUCAUGUAUCUGGAUGUUUCCUUCAACAUUGGUCUAGGCGGUCCGAUGCCCGCUUCGAUUGGGAGCCUGUCUGAGCUUAGCAUACUGAUCCUGGCUGGCUGCAGCUUCACAGGAAGCAUUCCACAAGAACUAGGCAACCUAAAACAACUCACGUUCCUAGCGCUGAACUCGAACAAGUUUACGGGCAAAAUUCCGGCUUCACUGGGUUUACUCACGAACCUCAACUGGUUCGAUCUGGCUGAUAACCAGCUCACUGGAUCAAUCCCGAUCUCAACAGCAACCACGCCAGGGCUUGACCUUCUUACCAAAACACAGCACUUCCAUUUCAACAAGAACCAGUUAUCUGGAACGCUUACAGGCCUCUUCAACUCCAACAUGACUCUGAUUCACAUAUUGUUUGAUAGUAAUCAAUUUACUGGUCCAAUCCCAGCGGAGCUAGGGGGCAUUACAACACUUCAGGUUCUCCGACUAGAUAGGAACGGUUUUGCGGGCGCAGUUCCUCCCAGCCUGAGCAGUUUGGUAAAUCUAAAUGAGCUGAACUUGGCAAGCAACCGGCUUACUGGAUCACUACCAGAUCUCAGCAGCAUGACCAAAUUAAAUGUCGUAGAUUUAAGCAACAACACGUUUAAUGCUUCAGUAGCCCCGGAUUGGUUCACGACUUUAACAUCCCUCACCUCUAUGUCAAUAACUGGUGGACAACUUACUGGUGAGGUCCCUAAGGAUCUCUUCAGAUUGCCCCAGCUGCAGCAAGUUGUGCUGAGCAACAACGCAUUCAGCGGAACGCUUGAGAUCACAGGCAGCAUCAGCAAACAACUGCAGGCUAUUAAUCUCAUGAAUAACCGUAUCAUCGCUGGCAAUAUUACCACAAGCUACAACAAGACUCUGGUUCUAUUUGGGAACCCGGUGUGCGUGGACCCAGAUUUCCCCAGAAAAUCCUUCUGCAGCAUGCAGCAGGAGAACAUGAUAGCAUACACCACCAGCCUGAGCAAAUGUUCCUCGCAAGCUUCAUGUUCGAAUGAUCAGAGUUUGAACCCGGCAAACUGUGGAUGCGCCUACCCCUACACCGGGAAGAUGGUUUUCAGAGCGCCCUUCUUCACAGACCUGACGAACAGCGACACCUUUCAGCAGCUGGAGACAAGCCUCACGACGCAGCUGUCUCUGCGUGAUGGCUCAGUGUUCCUAUCCAAUAUCCACUUCGACAGUGACAACUACCUUCAGGCUCAGGUGAAGCUGUUCCCAUCGUCAGGGCUGUCCUUCAAUGUGUCGGAUCUGAUACGGAUAGGCUUUGAUCUGAGCAACCAGACUUACAAACCACCAAAAAAUUUUGGACCUUAUUUCUUCAUCGCAGACCCGUACGCCCCUUUGGCAGGUGCUUCUUCUCCUGGUGGUAAGAAAUCAAAGAUCAGCACAGGUGCCAUUGCUGGAAUUGCGGUAGCCGGUGGACUACUCGUGAUUGCCCUCAUUGCCAUGGUAUUAUUUGCUUUACGACAGAAAAGAAGGGCUAAUGAAGCAGUGACAGGACGAACUGACCCUUUCGCUUCCUGGGGAGUCUCUCAGAAAGACAGUGGAGGGGCUCCACAGCUGAAAGGAGCAAGGAACUUCUCUUUUACUGAACUGAGGAACUGCACCAACAAUUUCGCAGACACCCAUGAGAUAGGCUCAGGAGGCUAUGGCAAGGUGUACAAAGGAACACUUGUGGAUGGAACGCGAGUGGCGAUAAAGCGAGCGGAGCGCGGAUCGAUGCAAGGCGUGGUGGAGUUCAAGAACGAGAUCGAGCUGCUCUCCAGGGUUCAUCACCGGAACCUGGUGAGCCUGAUCGGCUUCUGCUACGAACAAGGGGAGCAGAUGCUGGUGUACGAGUACGUUUCCAACGGAACACUCAGAGAGAACUUGCUAGUGAGAGGGACGUACCUGGACUGGAAGAAAAGGCUCAGGAUCGCGCUCGGGUCGGCGAGGGGGCUCGCUUACCUUCACGAGCUCGCCGACCCGCCGAUCAUCCACCGGGACGUCAAGUCCACCAACAUCCUCCUCGACGACCACCUCAAGGCCAAGGUCGCCGACUUCGGCCUCUCCAAGCUCGUCGCAGACACGCAGAAGGGCCACGUCUCCACUCAAGUGAAAGGAACACUGGGUUACUUGGACCCGGAGUACUACAUGACGCAGCAGCUGUCGGAGAAGAGCGACGUGUACAGCUUUGGGGUGGUGAUGCUGGAGCUGGUGAGCGGGCGGCAGCCGAUCGAGAGCGGCAAGUACAUCGUGCGCGAGGUCCGGCUGGCCAUCGACCCCACCGACCGCGACCACUACGGCCUGCGGCGGCUCCUGGACCCGGCGAUCCGGGACUCGGCACGCACGGCCGGGUUCCGGCGGUUCGUGCAGCUGGCGAUGCGGUGCGUGGACGAGUCGGCGGCGGCGCGGCCGGGCAUGGGCGAGGUGGUGAAGGAGAUCGAGGCCAUGCUGCAGAACGAGGCGUCCGGGGCCGACGGGGCCAGCUCCGCGGGCUCGUCCGCCAACGAGUUCGACGGCGCGGGCGGCGGCGCGCGCGCGCACCCCUACGGCGACGCCGAGAUCACGAGAGGGUCGUACGGGGACAACGGGUCCGACUACAUGCCCUACUUCGAGGUCAAGCCCAAGUAGAAAUAAACAUUCAGGGGUGUCGUUCUUGCUUCUUCUUCUUCUUUCGUGCCCAGCAACCCCCGGCCAUUCUUUUUGCUGCAGCUUGUGGAUGAAAUUGUAGUUUUUUAAUUACGUGAUGAUGUGUAUAUCCAUUGGUUUGUCCAGGUUCUUUCUUUCUUUUUUACCAUGCUACUCACCGUGAGACGACACGAAUUGUACAUGCCUAGAAAUAUGCAUUUGCAAGAUAAUUUAUUUUACUUUUUUUUUCUUUAGUGGAGUCACAAUUGUUUUGAA